AUGGACAUAGUGGUGAUGGAGGUGAAAAUUAGGUCUUUUAGUCAGUAUGGAGGAAAAUAUGGGGUUGGUACCACUAGUGGAUAUUUUUGUGAUAGAUCAGAAUUUGAUGAAAAUAUGUUUCCUGAACCUAAGAGAGAUAAAAGUGAACCUAGAGCUCCAUCAAAAGGAAAAGGCAAGAAGCAUACUUCUGUAGGCUCUUCAUCUGGUAGGAGAUCAAGUUCUUGUAACCUUGGGUAUAGUGAUUCAUCUACUAGCACUCAAGGUUUUUAUCCACCAGAACAACCUUCAUAUUUUCAACCUUCACAUGGUUAUCCACAACCAUAUGGUUAUUAUCCACCAUUUCCUAAUUAUGAUGUGCCAUAUCAACCUCAAAUGCAUCCUCCACCACCAAUGUAUCGCCCACCUCCACCUUUCAUGCAUCCUACUCCUCAAUUAUAUGAAAACUAA